CACUGAGCUAUCUGAACAGGAAAAUAUCAAUAGUUCUACAAUUUCAAAUCCACUUCAACACAAAGGUAGAGGCUGCCCUGCAAACAAAAGGUACUUGUCAGCCAUUGAGAAUCAUGAUACCAAGAGUGCUGUAUCGAUUAAUCAGGAAGAAAUAUCAGCAUCAGAAUCAGUAAAGAAAAACAAGCGGCAAUAUGCUAUGUGUAAGUCAUGGUAUCAUGAUUCUCGAAAUUGCCCUCUGAAAAAAUAA